UCAGGCCGCAGCAGCAGUGCCAGCUCGGACGGCAUCGACCGCAGCAGAUCGUUGGACAGGCAGAUGCAACUUGAUGGGGCCAGACACACCCGGCAGCUCCACCAUCACCCGAGGAGGCCGCAACUGCACACCUCUUGGCGUCAGGGCGUCAUCCGUGCGGUCCUUGCCGAUGUCAUCCACGAUCUGCCGCAGCUUGUCGGACCGCUCGAGCCGGUCUCGCAGCCGACGUGGGAUGGUGAAGUCGUGGAGGUGCCAUGCCGACUUGAGGUCCAGGCCUGGUGUGAAGUCUUUGAUGGCCUGCGAUUGGCCCGCCCGCUGAGACAGCUGUGAGAAGGCUGACUCGACGGCCUCAGCCGCGCUGUCCAUCUCAUCGUCUGCAGUGGUGGCUGUCCAUUCGCCGCUGCCAAAUAGGCCGCCAGUAGAAGCCAUCUGCGACUCGUCGUCUUCGCCUGCAUCAGCAAGCUGCCGCUUAUCCUUUUGCCGAGUGUCCACAGGGUCGCGAAGUUCACUCGGGUGGUCUCCCUCACGGUGUUGCUGUCGGGGCGAUGUCUUUAUUGCGCUGGCCUCCCCAAUCACGUCAUCAGCAGCGGCCGACAGGCGCUCACGCGGCAGAGAUGGAUCGAUGUCAUCAAAGAGAGCCUCUAUCAUCGACUCGUCGGUAUCGACUCCCUCGCUGCCGUCAUCAGCCACCCGUUUCUCGCGCUGCCUGUCGUUGUCGCGAUUGUCCUGGGCGGCCUCUUGGUCGGGGUCGGUGGUGCUGUCGUCAUCCCUGCUGCUGCUGCUGCUGGCUGUGGCGGUUUCAUCCUCCUCCCUCUCUGGUUGCUCCAUGUGUUUGGCGAUGCACUUGUCGAGGGCCCGCAGGAGGACUGACGUGGUCUCUGCUGCCACCUCAGGAUGAUCCCUGCACACACACACACACACACACACAAGGUGUUGCACAUUCAUGGCAGCAGUGUGUCUGUGGUCAGUCAGUCAGUCAGUCAGUCAUGUAAGUACUUGGACAGCUCAAUGAGGUUCGAGUCGCCAAUCUUGCGCUGAGAAACCAGCAAGCCACACGGGGAGGGAAUUGAUCGGUGACAUUGCGGGUGUCAUUAAUGUCAUCUGCAUUGGUGUGUGCACAGGAAGUACCUUGAGUGUUUCUCUCAGCCCGGUCAUCCUCUUCUCGAAUGCCCCACCCCACCUCCCCCCCGUCACACGCACCCCCCCAGGCCACCCCACCCGCCACACCAUCUGUUCAUCCCCGCUCAGCAACGCCGCAUACCACUCGUACGCACCGCUCACGUUGCCCUUGAGCAUCGCGCGCCGCCUCCCCGCUGAGCCGCCAUGUUGUGGUGCACGAGACGCCCGCCUCCUCUCCUGCAGGGCCGAGAGAUGAACCAACGUGGCGAUAUCUUCGGGCUUUGAGAAGGCCAGUUGGUGCGAUGAGUUGCUUGGCUGGUCCUCGGCAGGGCUGUAGGACGGCCUGCUGGCUUGCUGCGUCUUGUCCGAUACCGCCACCGCCGCCUCCCAUGGCCUCUCCCACUCAGUCAAGUGCCGCACCCAUCGAGGAAGGUGUUGUGAUGAGGGCCUCCGCGAGGCCGGCAAAGCAGCAAGCAUCAACAGGCUGGGCAGAUGCAGCGGUGUACGUCACCAUCGAAGGGCUUUGCUUGCCUUUUGAAAGGGGUCG